CAAUAUGGCUGCGGCGCCAAUCCGGAAAAGAGGAAAAAGAAAGUUAAAGUGACAGUCGGGGACAUUUUCCUCCCAAAUUUUUUGGGGGACAAUUUAAGCGCUUUUUGCCGUGGCUGUGAGAUUUAGAAAAAAAUGUUUUCCUUGUCAACGACCAUUCAACCGCAGGUGACCGUUCCCCUGAGCCACCUCCUCAACGUGCUCCAUGCCCUGAAGAACUCUGUGGCAAGCAGCAGCACCAUCAGCAAAUCAAGUCUACCCAGCGAUCAUCAUGCCUCUCAGUCAGAACUACAUAACCCAGAGCCCCUGUGGAACCUACGGGAGCUCGGCCUGUCAGACUUGGGUGCCCAGCAGAUGGAGGAGCUGCAGAUGAGAGUGUUGCCCUGUCUGAAUUCCCAGGAAACACCACCUGUGUUAGCCCCUGCUCGUCAGGCAGUCUGGAGAACAUCCCACCUUUCCACACACUCUUUUUUCGUAAACAAGCACGGGUUCUCAAGUCAAAUUUCAGCCCCCAUUUUUGUCAGGCAGAACCUUGGUCCUCUUCAUUCAAUCUGCACAGAGCUGCAACACACCUCAGUGUGCCUCCAGCGCAGGGGCUUUAAAACGUUGAGGAGCAGAAGCAAAAGACAGCAGUCGGCCCAAGAGCGGCCAGAAGAGUUUGAUAUUUUUCCUCCGUCUUUCAUGAAGGGCUUCCUAGCACGUGACAGGUGGAUCGACGUGGAAAAAAGCGGGGACUUACCUGACGGACAGACCGAUUCUUUUAAGCGAGGCUUCACCGAGGGUUUUCUUAAAGCUCAAAAUCUGACACAACGCACACAAGACUCCCAGAGAAGGAAUCGUCUCCUUCUGUUGGUCGUGCUUCUUGUUGGGCUCUACGGCAUCUCAAAGACACCGUUCUUAUCGGUGCGGUUCCGAACCACAACAGGCCUGGACUCCUCGUUGGAUCCUGUCCACUUGAAAAAUGUGACGUUUGAGCACGUCAAGGGCGUGGAGGAAGCGAAGAACGAGCUGCAGGAUGUGGUGGAGUUCCUGAAGAAACCCCAGAAGUUCACAGCCUUGGGAGGGAAACUGCCUAAAGGUGUCCUUCUAGUGGGUCCACCCGGAACUGGUAAGACCCUACUGGCCAGAGCGGUAGCAGGAGAGGCCGACGUCCCUUUUUACUACGCCUCGGGGUCGGAGUUUGAUGAGAUGUUUGUUGGAGUCGGAGCCAGCCGCAUCCGGAACCUUUUCAGGGAGGCGAAAGCUAACGCUCCUUGUGUGAUCUUUAUCGACGAACUGGACAGUGUGGGUGGGAAAAGGAUCGAGUCCCCGAUGCACCCUUACUCCAGACAGACCAUCAACCAACUGCUUGCUGAGAUGGAUGGGUUCAAAAAAAAUGAAGGGGUCAUCAUUAUCGGUGCCACCAACUUCCCAGAGGCCUUAGAUAAUGCCCUCAUCCGCCCGGGUAGAUUUGACAUGCAGGUGACUGUCCCCAAACCAGAUGUGAAAGGACGCACAGAGAUCCUCAACUGGUACCUGAAGAAGAUUAAAGUGGACCCAGCUAUCGAGGCCAAGAUUAUUGCACGGGGCACGGUGGGGUUCUCCGGCGCAGACUUGGAAAACCUGGUGAACCAGGCUGCCCUCAAGGCCGCAGUCGAUGGUAAAGACAUGGUCACCUUGAAGGAGCUGGAGUUUGCCAAAGACAAAAUCCUGAUGGGCCCAGAGAGAAAGAGUGCGGAAAUUGACAAAAAGAACAAGAUCAUCACAGCCUACCAUGAAUCGGGCCAUGCUAUCGUAGCUUAUUAUACCAAAGAGGCCAUGCCCAUCAACAAGGCUACUAUCAUGCCGCGAGGCCCAAGUCUGGGACAUGUGUCCUUGCUGCCAGAGGAUGACCGCUGGAGCGAGACGCGUGCUCAGUUACUGGCUCAGAUGGACGUCAGCAUGGGCGGGCGUGUGGCAGAGGAGAUCAUAUUUGGCCACGAGUACAUCACAACAGGAGCAUCAAGUGACUUUGAUAGCGCCACCAAGAUCGCGAAGAUGAUGGCGACUCGCUUCGGAAUGUGUGAAAAGCUGGGUGUGAUGACCUACGCCAAUUUGACCGAGCAGAGUCCAGAGACUCGAGCGGCUGUGGAGAACGAAAUCAGGGCGUUGCUGAGGGAGUCCUACGAGCGAGCCAAGGCCCUCCUGAAGUCUCACGCCAAAGAGCACAAGAACCUCGCUGACGCGCUGCUCUCCUACGAGACGCUGGAUGCCAAAGAGAUCCAGCUGGUCUUGGAGGGAAAGACUCUGGAGAUCAGAUGAACCAAGACAGGACAACAAAAAGUAAAGCGUAAUAGUUGUUGUUGUUUGUUUUUUAUUUUCUACGGCACUCAGGGCUUGUAGAAGAACCUCAAAAUGGGAGCAUUGGGACAUUUUUGAGUGACGUUCUCAAAUCGACUUUAUCCCCGCUGGAGCAGGUUUGUCCUUGUUGCUUGUUUACUGACAGGUGGAACUCGUGCUUUUCACCGCGUAUGAGGAUUCUUCACGAUGCAGAGUCACAAUGUUGGCACAAAUACCCAAAAUCUUGUGACAUGUAGCUCCGGGUAGCUGGGAGGAACGAGUAUGUGAAUGUAAAUAUGCACCAUAAACCUCCUGGUACGA